AUGAGAGGUUUAGAGCUUAUACCCUUAUUGACGGUUACUACAUGUAUAACAGUGGGCAACCAUUUUGAUGAAGAUCAUAAUUUGGGCUUUAUUCGCCAGUUAGAGAAAUUGGACUUGGUCCAUCAAACAAUAAAUUCUUACAAAGAUGUUCAAUCGAUAGUAUUGCAACCGUCAUCAAUCUUCCACCUUCCUUUUUCCAACUCACUUGUAUUCAAUGAAAACAUCCUUGAUGCUUCAAAGAAGCCUCAAUUUAUUGAACUAUCGUAUGAAAAAAGUGAUGUGACGAAAAUAUUUGCAGACACGCCACCCCACAACGUGGUUGAUCCAUCUAUAGUCCAUUGGACUCCAUUAGGUAAUUGCGCAACGAAUUACGCUGGAGACAAAGCCACGUACAGACAAACUUGGUCGUUGGAGCUAGACUUGGGCUUGGACUUUAGAGUGAGCUACGGAGGAUAUUUCAUAAAUUUUGGGCCAAGCUACAAAGCGGAAUUCAUAUUGGGGAAAGGUAUUGGCGGAAGUUACUCUUGUGACGUGGAUCCGGGCAACACUUUACAAUUUGCAAUACUUUUUACCACAUACACAGUGGAAGGUGUUAGAUAUAGACAUCUCAAAAGGAAAAGAAUCGGCAAAGGCAUUCUGUUUGGGAGAUGGAUUCCCAUAGAUAAAUACGAACAGAUUGGGAGAAGCGAUAUCCACGUUGCAUGCUUUACGCAACCACAGUAUCUACGAUGCAAGAACACACGUAAGUAA